AGAAGCUGCUAUCUUCAACUUCUUCCAUAAAUGAACAAAGCAGUUACUUUACUUUUUUGACAUUCACAGACCAAACAAACAUGGCUUCAAUUCCUCCCCCACCCUCUGACAAUAUUACUACUCAAUCUUCAUUAUUUAAAACUGCAAAUUUCACCAAAUUUUCUCUAACAUCAAAUAACCCAAAAACAUCUCUGCCUCUUCAACAACAACAACAAAAAGAUGGCCUUAUAGAAAACCUUCACUUGGUUUCGCUUUCGAAACAAGGCAAAAUCCAACAAGCACAGAAUUUCAUUAUACAAAUGAACAAAUCCGGUGUCCCCAUAACACUUGAUUCCUAUGACUGUCUGCUCAAAACAUGUACUGAUUUAAGGUUUUUGUCAGCUGGGCAUUUCAUUUUUGAUCAUUUCAGACAGAGUUCUCUUAGUUCGGUGUCUGUCCAGAACCGUGCGUUACAAAUGUACUGCGAAUGCUCGAGUUUUCUUGAUGCAUACAACCUGUUUGAUGAAAUGACUCAAAGAAAUUUGGCGUCGUGGGGUAUACUUAUAUCUGGGUACUCGAAAGCAGGUCUUGUAGAAGAAGCUGUGAAGUUGUUUUCAUCUAUGGAUACUGUUAAACCGGAUAUUUCAAUCUAUUUAGACAUUUUGCGGUCUUUAGCAGACUCGUCGAGUUUACACCUUGGUAAACAGAUGCAUUCACUUGUAAUCAAGAAUGGAUAUACUAAUAUUGCGAAAAUUGAUACGACUAUAUUAAAUAUGUACGCAAAGUGUGGGUGUUUUGAGGAUGCACGAUUAAUUUUUGAUAAAAUGGCUGAGAAGAACACUGUAGCGUGGACUUGUUUGAUGGUCGGUUACGUGCAAAUACAAAAGGGGAAACAAGUUCUAGACUUGUUUCUUGAAAUGAUAAAAGAAGGCGUUCCACUGGACGAAUAUGUGUUUUCCAUCGUCUUAAAGGCUUGUGCUUUGUUAGAGAAUUUGGCAAUCGGUCUGCAAAUUCAUGGAUACGUGUUGAAGCUCGGGAUGGCUAAUGAAGUUUCAGUUGGAACUCCUCUUGUUGACUUUUAUGUGAAAAGUGGAGCUUUAGAAUCGGCUACUCGAGCCUUCAAAAACAUAUCUGAACCAAAUGAUUUUUCUUGGAGUGCUUUACUCACUGGCUAUUCCCAAGCAGGCGAGUUUGAUGAAUGCCUCAAAAUAUUUAAGUCUUUGAAAAGUAUCAAUGCAAAGCUUAAUUCAUUCAUUUACACUACCAUUUUCCAAGCAUGCUCAGCAGUUGCAGAUAUUAGUUUUGGUGCCCAAACUCAUGGUGAUGCUAUAAAAAGAGGUCUUGUUUCGUAUUUAUACGGGGAGAGUGCCAUGAUUACUAUGUAUGCAAAAUGUGGCAGAUUAGAUUAUGCUCGUCAAGUAUUUGAUUCUAUUCAGAAACCUGAUAGCGUGACAUGGACUGCUAUAAUCGCGGGUUAUGCUUACCAUGGCAACGCUUCUGAAGCUCUACGCCUUUUCAAAAGUAUGCUUUCUUAUAAUGUGAUGCCAACUUCUAUAACGUUCAUUGCAGUUUUUACUGCUUAUAACUAUUGUGGGUUGGUCGAAGAAGCUAAAGCUUGUCUUGACUCCAUGAGUAGUUUUUAUGCCGUGGAACCAAGUAUUCAUCACUAUAACUGCAUGAUUGACAUAUAUGCGCGUGCUGGGCUAUUAAAUGAAGCGUUUGAAACGAUAAAAAACAUGCCAUUUGAACCCAAUACCAUGAGCUGGAAGUGUUUAUUAGGGGGUUGCUCGAUUCAUAAAAAUCUUGACAUGGGAAAAAUAGCAGCUGAAAACGUUCUACUACUUGAUCCACAUGACACAUCGGCUUAUGUUCUCAUGUUUAACUUAUAUGCUUCGUGUGGACAAUGGGAAGAAGCAAGUUUAGUUAGAAAAUCAAUGGCCCUUCUGAAGUUAAGAAAAGAUGUGAGUUGCAGUUGGAUAAGUGUCAAGGGUAAAGUGCAUCGGUUUGUAGUCGGGGAUAGACAUCAUCCACAGGUGCAUGAAAUUUACUCAAAGUUAAAGGAGUUUGACUACUUAAAGAAUGAUACUAAGGAAGUGACGUUAAGUGAGGAUGACGUUUUGUUGGAACGUAAAGAACAACUUCUUGACCAUAGUGAGCGACUUGCCAUUGCGUAUGGUCUUAUUUCAAAGGGUAAAGGAUCUCCUAUAACGAUCUUCAAAAAUCUGCGUGCUUGCAAAGAUUGCCAUGAAUUUGCAAAACAUGUAUCAAUGGUUACUGGACGUGAAAUUGUUAUUAGAGAUGCUAACAGGUUUCAUCACUUCAAAUCAGGUACAUGUUCUUGUGGCGAUUAUUGGUAAGGUGAACUACUAGUCAUUCAUAGCUCAAAUACAAGUACAGAAAAAAAGGAAAUAAAGUGAUUAUAGGUUAUGUUUUUGCUAAUUUACUGUUGAUAGUGAAUUUGAUACCGAAAUCAUAGAUUGAUGUACCUUUUGUAUUAAUAAUACAUUCUCCUGUUGUCAAAGAAAA